AUGACUCUUUACGAGAAAGGCGACGUCGAAGUUCAGAUCCAACAAACUCGGUUUCGUGUCUCUUCGUCCGUCAUGUUAGAAACGUCACCUGAGUUCAAAAAGCUUUUUACCACGCAAAACGGCACGUUGCGUAACAGUAUCGAGCUUCCUGAUGAAGAUCCUGAAGCUUUCCACUUGAUGUGCCAGUCGGCUCAUGGCUCUUUUAUACCGCAAUCACACAUAUCGCUGCAAACGCUUGUGAAGAUGGCUGACGCUAUUCAACGUUACAAGAUCCCCACCACGUCGCGCGUCCAUCAUACUGUAGCGUACAGUUUCAUCACACAAACCUUAAGACCAGAGACGAUUUCGACAACCAAGCUCCUUAUGCUUCUUCGCGUAGCUAAGGUUUUGGGCCCUAAUAAGUACCAUCAGUUACUCCAAGAUGUCUUUUUUGUCCGUCCACUUCAGUUGGGGCCAUUGCCCACUGAGCAGUUUGCUGGUAGUCAAGAUACAGAUUGUGUCGUACUGUUAGCAAAUCUGAUGCUCAGAGGUGCAGCAUGUCGCUCCGAAGUAGCAAGCAGGCUGUUGAGUCCGCCAGGUUGUAGCGAAGCUCUCUAUCUACGCGAGAAAAACGAAUUAGCCGUAUGGGUCUUAGAUCAAGACCCAAGUCUACAAGAGAUCAACACUCGACUUCGAAGUUUACGGAGCGCUAUAGACAUUCAGAGAGAACAGCUACUGGACGCUAGUGGAGCGAUCGAGGAAGCGACUGUAGACAUCAGCCAUUACGUCCGCACUACCAUGGCAAAUGCUCUGGAAGUUGGAGACAAUCUCGAAGAGCAGGUUUUGAAGCUAGACACACGCCAUGAAGUCAAACGCAUAGACGUCCAGAUUGCAAAGGAGGGCCGCAUAUCGAAUAAACUAGUGGAUGCUGAUGAUCUGAACCUAGAGCGCGUUUCUUCAAGCAGCACCCAGUUUGAGAAUAUGGAGGCCUACAGCGAACCCAUGGAAAACCUGCUUGAUGGCUGUUUAGAAUUUGAGGACGACGAGUCCAUCGCUUCUGCCAGAACAGUAUAA